AUGCCCGCAAAAAAAUCAGAGUAUAAUUGGGCCCCCACACCUCUGGUCCAGACUCCGUUCUUGGCAAGCAAGGUUGGCGCGUUUAUUCGUGCUAAAGCCGAGAAGGAAAGGUUACGGAAAAGAAAACCUGUCACCGAUUUUUUCAAGGGGGUCUACACUGAGCUCGACGUUCGCUGGCCCACCUACGAGUCGGAGGAGGAAGCUGAGGCUGCCGAACGGACGCGGCUUCUUGCAGAAAAGGCUGACGCCGCCACCCAAGAGGAAGCCUCAACGGGGGUAGACGGAGAUAGCGUUCCAGCAGGGAGCAGUAGCCGAGAGAAGAAGGAUAAAGAAGAUGUCGACGACGAGGAGCCCGAAGCGCGUGAGGCUCCUCCUGCUGAUUGGGACGUGAGGGUAUGGCAGGAGGCUCGUCACAAGAAAGUUUACCAUUGGUUCUACAACAAAGAGGCGAAGUUGAAGAAGGACAACGGGAGGAUCGAGGUGGUGGUGGCCUCGGUGCAAAGGAAGGCUCUGUGUGAUUGGCAGGUCUUCUCGAAGGAUUUCUACACCGAAAUGGUCAAACCGCAAGUCGAUGAGGAGGUGGCUCGGCUGGUGAAGGCGCGGGAGCCCGUUCCCCUGGUGUCUUUGCGCCAGGGUAUGACGAUCAAGGCCUGGGAGGCCGCGGAUGAGGAGACGAAGGAAAAGGUGUACGCGAGGAUGGAAGCGUUAGCUGAGGGAAGGAAAAGAGCAGACGCGGCGAUUGGAGACGCGAUGACACCUCUCGAGGAGGGAGCUCAACGUACACCAGAGGAAUACCAUCAGUUCCUUGAGAUUCUGCCAGACCUUUUGGACGGAUUCUUCAACGUGGUCGCCGCGAAGAGUGGAUGGUCAUUCACCCUGCUGGCAGGAGGACCAGAUCCAUCGAAGGAGGGUGGUGGAAUCCGCACCAUGUCGUACCACCACGGGGUGACCUCCCAGGACCAAACGUUCCGCCAGUUCCUACCGCCUGGUCAUUUCGCCGAGAUGUUCAUGAAGCCUUUUUCGGGAUUCCUACACAUGCUGUAUCCCAAAGAAGUUCGCCAAGCCCGUGAACUGGCUGCACACGGAUCGAGCGCGACGGAUCUUCUUUACGCGUUGAAUCCGGGUUUGGUCGACGAGGAUUUGUCUGAGGAUCAGAUCGAGGGCAAUAUGGUGGCUUCCGGUGGCCGUGGUGGUGCGGCUUGUACAGGGGCACCAGCAAAAGCUGUCGGGGAAGGUGGUGACGACCCCUCUCUGGAUUCGACACCGGGCAUUACCACGGGAGGUUUAAGCGGGGGUAACGAUGGAAGAGUCGCGGUGGAGCCCUCGAAGGAAGACCGGGAGAAGACGAGGAAGACGGGGGGUGCUAAGCGUGCCGCUGCGCGGGGGAAGGGGAAGGCAGCCGUUGUGGGGAAUACGCAGCAAGUGGUGGAUGAGGGUGGUUCCAAAGAUGUGUCGUCCUCGAGUGCCUCGGGGGAGAUAGGGAGUGGCGCGCGGCAGAUGAAUGAAGUAACCGGAGGAGUUGGUUCUUCAUCCGCACCUUCGAUGGGUGCUGGUGGUUAUCCGGGAAUGCCUGGCUGCGAAGAUGCGCCCAAUUGGUUUGGAGAUUUUGCUGGGAACCUCUCGCCAGAUGGUGCUGUGGAUGAUGGUGACCCUUUGGGUGUUGGCCGGCUUCUGCCUCCUGCGGACAUGGUCUUCGGGGACUCUGCUCCAUACCCUGCGGCGAUUACAUACCCGCACCCUGGAGCACCUUACGACCCUUCUUCUUCCCUUCCUCCACAAGGGUCAUUGUCCGCCCUUCUCUACGACUUCGGGGCUAUCGACUUGCAGAGCUCCACUGGGGCACAUUGCGCAUUGGAGGCCGGGCGGUCGGCGGUUGGAUCGCCUGGUGUAGCGGCAGUUGCGGGAGCAGCUUCGGGAUCGGUGGAUGGGGCUGUGCUUGAUGGGACGUCGUCGGGAUCGGUGGAUGGGGCUGUGCUUGCUGGGACGUCGUCGGGAUCGGUGGAUGGGGCUGUGCUUGCUGGGACGUCUUCGGCCGAAGCGGAUUUGCUUGACGUUACAGGCUCGUCCUCGUGGCAAAACAAUGCUGGCGAUCGAGUUGCCGGCGUGGGGGUCGGAUCUGCGUCGACAUUGCCAGUGUCGGCCACCUUGGCCACAGGGGCUGCUGCGAACGUUGAGAAGCGUCCUUGGGACGGAGAUGAAUCCACUCACGAAGGUUCUGGGCGGGAGAAGCGAGUUCGCCGGUUGAACUCAAGGCAAGAGACUCCCCCUUGGGUGACGAGCGGUCAAGCUUAUCUCACAAUGGAGGAUCUUGGGGUUGACUGGCAGGGGCUGGUUCAGGUCUGGGUCACCUUCGAAACGCGAAACGCUAUACUGGACACGGGGUCCGUGCGCCUCCCAAAACCGUCGGCUCGGCCCAAGAAGCUUUCCCAAUGGUUGACCAAGAAGAAAUUCCAGGACGUCCUGGCGAAGGAGGAGGUCGCGGGUUUCGCCAAGCAAUGGCUGGUGUGGUGGAACGCCAUUCAGCCCGCUUGGAGGAAGAACGAGGAGGAGUGGGGGCUGCCCCAUCCGAUUGGCGCGGGGGGGAGGGAUUUGUCAUCGCUGAAGAAGCCGGGUUUUUGUGGUUUGUUUUCCGUACUGGUGGGACUACGAUGGUGGUCGGGGGUGGUGGAUACACCUGUCCCAUGGAAGGACGCUGUGGCGGACGUCAGGCAGUGCCUGGAGGCGCUGGGUGGGCGGUGA